GCUCGCCGACGGUACGCCGCGGCCUUCGGUCCGCUGAGGCGAAGGCGGGAGCAUGGAGCACGUCACGGAGGGUUCCUGGGAGUCGCUGCCCGUGGCGCUGCACCCGCGGGGGCCGGGGGCCCGGGAGCUGGGCUUCCCCCACAUGACGCCGGUGCAGUCCGCAACCAUCCCCCUGUUCAUGAGGAACAAAGACGUGGCUGCAGAAGCGGUCACAGGCAGUGGCAAAACACUGGCUUUUGUCAUCCCCAUCCUGGAAAUUCUUCUGAAAAGGGAAGAGAAGUUAAAAAAGAACCAGGUCGGAGCCGUAGUCAUCACUCCCACCCGAGAGCUGGCCAUCCAGAUAGACGAGGUCCUGUCGCAUUUCACCAAGCACUUCCCGCAGCUCAGCCAGAUCCUGUGGAUUGGAGGCCGGAACCCUGGAGAAGAUGUGGAGAAGUUUAAGCAGCAGGGCGGGAACAUCAUCGUGGCGACUCCAGGCCGCUUGGAGGACAUGUUCCGUAGGAAGGCUGAGGGUGUGGACUUGGCCAGCUGCAUGAGGUCCCUGGAAGUCCUGGUGCUGGACGAAGCUGACAGACUUCUGGACAUGGGCUUUGAGGCAAGCAUCAACACCAUACUGGAGUUCUUGCCAAAGCAGAGGAGGACGGGCCUUUUCUCCGCCACACAGACACAGGAAGUGGAGAACUUGGUGAGAGCAGGCCUCCGGAACCCUGUCCGGAUCUCAGUGAAGGAGAAGGGCGUGGCAGCCAGCAGCACCCAGAAGACCCCCUCCCGCCUGGAGAACUUCUACAUGGUAUGUAAGGCCGACGAGAAAUUUAAUCAGCUGGUACAUUUUCUUCGAAAUCAUAAGCAGGAGAAACACCUGGUCUUCUUCAGCACCUGCGCCUGCGUGGAGUACUAUGGCAAGGCCCUGGAGGCCCUGGUGAAGGGUGUGACGACCAUGUGCAUUCACGGGAAGAUGAAGGACAAGCGCAACAAGAUCUUCAUGGACUUCCGCAAGUUGCAGAGCGGGAUUUUAGUGUGCACCGAUGUGAUGGCCCGAGGAAUCGAUAUUCCUGAAGUGAACUGGGUGCUGCAGUACGACCCUCCCAGCAGCGCCAGUGCCUUCGUGCAUCGCUGCGGCCGCACUGCCCGCAUCGGCCAUGGAGGCAGCGCUCUGGUGUUCCUCCUGCCCAUGGAAGAGUCAUACGUCAGUUUCCUCGCAAUUAACCAGAAAUGUCCCCUCCAGGAGAUGAAACUCCAGAAACACACAGUCGACCUCCUGCCCAAGCUCAAGUCCAUGGCCCUGACUGACAGAGCUGUGUUUGAAAAGGGCAUGCGAGCUUUCGUGUCAUUCGUCCAGGCGUAUGCAAAGCAUGAGUGCAGCCUCAUUUUCCGAUUAAAGGAUCUUGAUUUUGCUAGUCUUGCUCGAGGUUUUGCUCUGCUAAGGAUGCCCAAGAUGCCAGAACUGAGAGGAAAGCAGUUUCCGGAUUUUGUGCCUGUGGACAUUAAUACAGACACGAUCCCAUUUAAAGAUAAAGCCAGAGAAAAGCAGAGGCAGAAACUACUAGCGCAACAAAAAGAAGACAAGAAAGAAAAUGAAGGGAGAAGAAAGUUUGUGAAGAACAAAGCAUGGUCGAAACAGAAGGCCAGAAAGGAGAAGAAGAAGAAAAUGAAUGACAAAAGGAAAAGGGCCGAGGGUUCCGAUAUUGAUGAUGAGGACAUGGAGGAACUCCUUAAUGAUACAAGGCUCUUGAAAAAGUUUAAAAAAGGCAAAAUUACUGAAGAAGAAUUUGAGAAGGGGUUGUUGACAAGUGGCAAAAAACCAAUGAUGAUGACAGCUUUAGGGGUCUCAGAUUCGGAAGACGAUGGCUGAUUCCGGCUCCUUGGAUGAAAUGAAUGAGGGCAUGACUGGCCUCGCACACGGUGGACAGCUUGUUUGCUCUUACCGCAGAUCGCACCUGUGGGAGCCUUCCGAAGAGCACCAGGUCUCAAAGGUAUCCUUUCAGACCGGGGAGAGAUCAGGGGGAUUUCAUACUUGGGAGUACUUUACUGUAACGUACCCCUCUUGAAGAAGCAACAACAAAAAAUCAAAAUUAUUCGACUGUCAAUGAAUGCGUUUAUUUUGAUGGGUCCUCUGUAAUUAAAGAGCUUGUUUUGGGGUGGCCUGACCUCCCUGUGUGUCCUUGUCCCUUGCCCCGCAGAGUACUGCAGAGGUGGCCAGUAUGGCAGUGUUUGUUUUUUAGAACAGUCGCCAGUACUCUCGUUGGUGAGUGUCUGAAAAACAGAGAAACCAAAUUAGAUUCUGGGAAAAAGAAUUGUAAUUUUUAUGCCCUCUUUUGAAUAAAUUGUGUAUCUUUUUUAGAA